UUUGGGCGUUUAAACCCCCUACCCACAAUCGGCAGUCUCUCGCGCGGGACGACGAGGACGACGGCGUUAACAAAACCGCGGAGAAUCGCGAAGAGAAUAAAAACUGUUUAGAAAAAAAAAAAAGAUAUGGGUUUGCCCUUGAUGAAUGUGGUGCGCAUGAAAUCAACUCCUAUUCUAAAACUUCUUCAACUGGAGGAAAGGCUGCUCAGAACUUCUUCAGAUAAUUGGUUUAUCGUGAAUGAUGGAAUGAUUCUUCCUACCAUAGUCAUGGGCAUAUCUGGGAGGCUCAUGGAACUGGUUGAACUUAAACCUGUGCUUCAUNCUGGAGGAGGAACUGUGAUUGUCGAUAGUGGAACAAUUUUUACUGCUCUUAUCUGCAAUAAGAAUGAUGUUCCUGCGGUGCAGCCAUAUCCUCGCCCUAUUAUGUCUUGGACAGGCCAGUUGUAUGGCGAUGUUUUUCGUGGAUUUGGUGAUUUCCAUCUUCGUGAAAACGAUUACGUGUUUGAUACUCGCAAGUUCGCUGGGAACGCCCAAUCUAUUACAAAGGAUCGAUGGGACCAUCAUACGUCAUUUUUAUGGGAUUAUGAUGUCAAGAAUAUGAGUUAUCUCAAAUUACCCUUGCGGGCACCAGAAUAUAGAUCGGCAAGAGACCAUGUUGAAUUCUUAUGCCGGAUGAAGGAAUAUCUUCCAUCCAGAUCAACUUUCAUCGAAAGAACCAUUAGUUCUCUUGAAAGAUACUUCUCAGUUAGACAAAUCUCAGCAGAAGAGAUCUUUGAUCCAUCUGAUCCAUCGUUUUCUCCUACAACCAAGCUGUUGACAGAGCAGGAGCUGGAAGAUGCAUGCUCGUCUCAGUCUGAAAGUUUCAGAUGUCAAUCAGCUGUCUCAAGAUAAUUUCUCUAAACACGCCAAUGCAUCUCACCAUUCAGGACCGAGAUUAUUUUUCGAAUAAAGUUCAGCACAGACGUCUUGUCAACUAUUUGCUUGUGUACUCUUAAUCUAUCACGUGUUUCCAUUUAUUGAAUAUAAUCAUUUACCUAAGGUUUGUGCUCCAGGAACGGGACUGUUUUCUUUCUUCAUGUCAUUUUGGGAUGCCUCAGGCCUUUGCUCUUC